AUGUCGUCGUCGCUCGAGGCCAAGAUAGUGGUGCUCGGCUCGCAGGGCGUCGGCAAGACGUCGCUGGUCAUGCGCUACUGCAAAGGCGCCUUUGCGCCCUCGCAGGUCACGUCGACAGUCGGCGCGAGCUUCCUGACCAAGCGUGUUGUUGACACGGAUACCGACACGGUUGUGCGCCUGCAGAUAUGGGAUACCGCCGGCCAAGAACGCUUCCGCUCCAUCUCGCGGCUCUACUACCGCGGCGCCAACGCCUGCAUCCUCUGCUACUCCAUCACGGACGCGGCCUCCUUCGCCGAGAUGGGCGUGUGGCUGACGGAGCUGCGCCGCAACCUGCCGCCCGACAUCGUCCUGCACGUCGUCGGCACCAAGGCCGACCUGGUCGCGCGCGACCCGGCCCGCCGCGAGGUCCCCUUCGAGCGCUGCAUCGCCUACGUCGCCGAGAACCUCAACCCGGGCAUGGGCUCCACCCCGCCCCCGACCGCGGGCGGGCCCGCGAACACACCCGCCGGUGGUGGUCCCGGCGGCGGCGGCGGCGGCGGCGGUUGUGAGCCGCGCAGCCCGAGCAGCAAGCGGUCGUCGGGGUUCUGGGGCCAGGAGGUCGGGUGGGACGCGUGCCACGAGAUCUCGGCCGAGUCGGGCGAGGGGGUGGAGGAGGUCUUUCGCGUGGUCACGCGCAAGCUGGUCGAGCAGAACCGCAAGAUGCAGGCGGCCCUGCUGGCUGCCACGGGCGCUAUGACCGGUGGUGGUGGUGGUGCUAGUGGCGGGGAGUAUGGUGGUGGGUUUGCUGGGGAUGGGGAGGGUGGUGGUGGUGCGGGUGGUGGUGGUGGUGGUGGUGGGUACUUUGAUGGGGGGAAUCCGAGGGCGAGUUUCCGCGUUGGGAGGGAUAGGCGGAGUUGGCUGUUCUCGCCGGGCUUUUCGCCUGUUAUUGGUGGUGGUGCUGGCGGGGCUGGCGAGGAGGAUGAUGAGUGGCCGCCGAACGGCGACCGCAGGGGGAGGGGCCGGAAGGGCUGCUGCUGA